ACCGAGAGCUUGGCUGUCACACACCGGGUGAGUCUGAGCUUUGUUUCCAGCUCGCACGCACGUCUUGGGACGCCGAGGUUGUAACCAAACGUCUGCUCGGCUGUUCUACUUCAGACUGUAUGAAGUUGGACACUUGGUCCCUGUGCACCAGCAGAUGGCAGAGGAGACCGGGUUGCCCUCCACUGUGACCUUGCCUUUGUAGCUAGAGGGUCAAUCAACCACCACUUCAAACAGGAACAAAAGCAUGCAGACGCAUGCACAAAGAGAAACGUUCCCACCGUCUGUGUCGCACACUAGUGGGACCACAGAGAGGCAGAGAAAGAGAUCCAAAAACCAGACCGCAGAAGUAGAGCUGAAGGGACGCAGCUAAUUCCAGUAAAGGAGUGUGUCCGAUGGGUGGAGGUGCCACCAGGCUGUACAGCGCCCUGACUCAGACCAGCAGCAGCUCUCCUCUCCCCCUCCCUGCGUCCCCCCAGCCUGCGGACACAACCCUGGAUCCAGCUUUCUGUCAGGGGCAGAAUACGUCCCCUGUAUGUCCCUCCAAUCCAGUGGAGCUGCUCCGACAGUGUGAAGAGGCCCUCGGGGACCGAGCACCUCGCCUCCACAGGACGUUCACUCACGUCAAUGAUGGAGACGGCGUCCCCAGCAGCUCCGUCAGGGUGAUGCAGUGGAACAUAUUGGCCCAAGCUCUGGGCGAGGGACUUGACAGUUUUGUCCAGUGUCCCCCGGAGGCCCUCAGUUGGUCCCGCAGGAAGUACCUCAUCUUAGAGGAGAUCCUUACCUACAGACCUCAUAUCCUGUGUCUACAGGAAGUCGACCACUACUAUGACACCCUCCAGCCGGUUCUGGCAGGCCUCGGUUACAGCGGCAACUUUUGCCCUAAACCCUGGUCGCCAUGCCUGGAAGUGGAGGGCAAUAAUGGUCCCGACGGCUGUGCGCUGUUCUUUGAUCAGUCGCGAUACGAGUUGUUAGAUAGUGUGAACAUAAGGCUGUCUGCCAUGCGGAUUCCAACCAAUCAGAUUGCUGUGGUGACGAUGCUGCGUUGUCGGAGAUCAGGGAGAUGUGUGUGUGUGGCCGUGACCCAUCUGAAGGCUCGUUCUGGCUGGGAGUGGUUCCGCAGCGCCCAGGGCUCCGACUUCCUGCGACACCUCCAGAAUCUGGUCCAGAAGCAUGCUGGAGAUCCUGCGGGUGCCCCCAUGUCAGACAUUCCUCUGUUCAUAUGUGGAGAUUUCAACGCAGUCCCGACUGAGGAGGUGUACCGACGUUUCAUCACGUCGCCUCUCGGUUUGGACUCUGCAUAUAAGAAACUCAGUCAAGACGGUUUGACUGAGCCAGAGUACACGACAUGGAAGAUUCGGUCUACGGGGGAAUGCUGUACCACUCUGGACUACAUCUGGUACAGUCAGGACACACUGAGAGUGGACAGAGUUUUGGACAUGCCCACUGAAGAACAGAUUGGGCCAAACAGGCUUCCGUCUUUUAGCUAUCCAUCAGACCAUCUCUCUCUUGUUUGUGACUUCAGCUUUAAGGCGAAGGAGUGAGGAAGGAAAUGAUGAACCGGCACACAGGAAGAGGCGACACUGAGAAGAGACACAGUCGAGAUUGGCUACUGGCUUCAUGCAACAAGAAGGCGGGCAUAUGAGACGCUAUUUUGGAGUGACAGGCGGAAGAUGACAACAGGUUGCAGGAAAAAACAGUUUGUUAUUUUUGACUGGAUGGACAGUCAGAUAACUUAUGACACAGAAGUCACAGAGAAUGCUGCUGCAGCAACAACAACAACAACGACAACAACAUAGUCUACCUCCACAGGGAAAGUAAAGGAUGGGAACCAUAGUUUCCAAUCUCAAUCUUGAAACUGUAGUAAAUGUUGUGCUUCAAACUGCCAUUGUACUACAGAGUGACUGAGAAUAAAGAUGUAUAGUUUACAUUCAA